CAACUGGAGUGAAUGACCCUGAAAAUGGCUGUCUUAGUUCCAAACCUGUAUAAAUGUCAAUCAGUUCCUUAAAAGCUGUUUCCAUGAUCUGCUUUCAGACAUGGACCACAGGAAGCCACCACCAGGACGUUUUUUUACUGAUUAUUACUGUCCGAUCGAAGCUGGCUACAAGGACAGAUCUGGUGUUUUGCCCUAUGACAAAGCUGCCAGUCGGGCCCUAGCUGCCACCUAUCAGAAGCCAAGGGAUGUAAAGGGAUCUGAAGAAAGGACAUUGUUUGUGGCAAGGCUUUCUCGUGAAACUGAGGAGGCUGAUAUAGAGAAGGCGUUCGGCCGGUUCGGCGAACUGCGUGAGAUCCGCCUGCUCCGGGACCUGGUGACGGGCGCGCCCCGAGGCUACGCGUUCGUCGUGUUCAACCGGCGGCGGGACGCGGCCGCCGCGCGCGCCGCCUGCCGCCGCCUUUGUGGCGGUCUCGGCGGCAGGAAGGAGUCAGGUCAGCUGCGCUUCGGCGGCGUGGCGCGACCCUUCGUCCUCAACCCCCCGGCCGUCCGGGGCUGGGAGGGGGCGGCGGGGUCCCGACAUCCUGACCGGGACGGAGGCGCAGCGUCGCACCGGUCCGACCGGGACGGCUCCGGCGCGUCCCGUCGGUUGGACCACGAUGAUUCGGCCGUACCGCGCCGGUCCGGCCGGGACGACCCGGACCGCUGGGACCCGGACCGCCGGGACCCGGACCGUCAGGACCCGGAACGUCAGGGCCCAGACCGUCGGGACCGAGACCGUCGGGACCCUGACCGCUCGGACCCGGACCGCCGGGACCCGGACCGUAGGGACCCUGAUCGCCGGGACCCGGACUGUGAGGACCCGGAACGUCGGGACCCGGACCGCCGGGACCCGGACCGCCGGGACCCGGACCGUCAGGACCCGGAACAAAUCCCGAAGGCGUAA